CUGGCGCAAUUCCAGAAUUGAAUAAACCAGUCCCAAUGACACACCCUAGCAUGGCGCUACCCUCAGUCCCUCACCCACCCUCUUCACAUUAUUACUGUCGUCUUCCUAAUAACUCGAAUUCCACACACAACAAACUUCACCUUUCGCUUCAAAUUCGUAGCAAAUAUAUUUCAGUAUUUGGAAAGUACUCUUCUCCUUCCUUUGCUAAUACAUAUAUAUGGCAGCAGCCUCAUUGAUUUACUCUCGCUGUAAUUACUCCCCACCAAUUGCUUAUCCCUCUUCUUCCCAACCUUCAUCAUCAUCAUCCUCCCCUUACUCUUUUUCACCCUCUACCCCUAUUUCAAUUUUCACUCCCCUUUCUGGUGCAAACAGAGGACAAAGACACGAGAACCUUAGAGCUCAAGCUAUGAGUACUACCACUCACGGAAUGUCUCCAGCUAGAACCACUGGGAAUCUGAAGAAUGAUCCAGAUCACCUCCUAGUUCUUGUCCAUGGUAUCGGGUCUAGCCCAGGUGACUGGAGUUAUGCAGAGGAAGAGUUAAAGAUGCAUCUUGGAAAAAGCUUUCUUAUUUAUGCAAGUUCAUCAAAUGCUUACUCCAAGACAUAUACUGGGGUUGAUGAAGCUGGAAAGCGAUUAGCUGAUGAAAUCAUGCAAGUUGUAAAGAAGACGAAGAGCCUAAAGCGGAUAUCCUUUUUGGGCCAUUCUCUUGGAGGCCUCUUUGCUAGAUAUGCAAUUGCUGUUCUUUAUUCACCUGAUACCUAUAAUAGUGGCCAACCUCGUGAUCCAGCAAACUGCGCGAUGGAAAAUUCCCAGAGAACUGACUUUUCAAGAGGGAUGAUUGCUGGACUGGAACCAGUGAAUUUUAUUACUUUAGCAACUCCACAUCUUGGUGUAAGGGGAAAAAAACAACUUCCAUUUCUAUUCGGUGUUCCGAUACUAGAAAAGCUUGUUGCACCUAUUGCUCCAUUUUUUAUCGGUCAGACUGGUAGUCAGCUGUUCCUUACUGAUGAUAUACCCAACAAACCACCCCUUCUUUUGAGAAUGGCUUCUGACUGUGAAGACGGAAAAUUCAUAUCUGCACUCGGAGCAUUUAGGUGUCGUGUUGUUUAUGCUAAUGUAUCAUACGAUCAUAUGGUCGGGUGGCGCACGUCCUCUAUAAGGAGGGAAAUCGAACUCGGUAAGCCUCCACGCCAAUCUUUGGAUGGAUACAAGCAUGUUGUUGACGUGAAAUACUGCCCCCCAGUUCCUUCCGAUGAACCUCAAUUUCCUCCCGAGGCAGCGAAAGCAAAGGAAACUGCACAGCAUACACAAAAUAGCUUAGAAUUUCAUGAAAUUAUGGAAGAGGAGAUGAUACGCGGCUUACAGCGAGUAGGAUGGAAAAAAGUUGAUGUCAACUUUCACUCAGCAGUUUGGCCUCUCUUUGCUCAUAGUAACAUGCAUGUGAAAAAGAAAUGGCUUCACAAUGCUGGUGUAGGAGUAGUUGCUCAUGUUGUUGACAGCUUAAGACAGCAAGAAACAUCAUCAACUUUACCAACAUCCUAAUAAAAUGUUGAAUACAUCACUUGUGUAUAGUUGAAAAUUAAAAUCCAAACAAAAGCGAUUCUUAUAUAUUUUUUAAUUAAAAUAAACAUGAAAAACCUCUUCUAAAGUCAAACAAACUAGCUAUGUAAAAGAAAAAGUCAAACAAACUAACUUAGAGUUCAGACAAGAAACACUGCAGACAUGAUGGAAAAAGUGGGGAAUCCAUAUUUUUUGUUCUGUAAACCCUACAGGCUUUAAUUUGUUGGUUUGGUGACAUGGUUAGGCUUUAAUUUAAUUGACAAAAGAAAGCUUAUAUGUACUUUUACUUUCGGUUCUAAAUAUAAAAGAAAGUUAGGUUAGGUGAAUAAAAAUUGAUGUAUUUGAUUGAAAUUUUAAAUUAAAUGUAUCAUAUUUUUUUGGCCAA